AUGAUUACUCUGCCGUAUCUGACCGGCGCAUCAUCACAUACUGCUACUUUAGUAGUUGAGUUUCUCGACAUAAGACUCAUCUCCAAUACCAUAUGCAAGCAAAAUCCAAUUCUGCAAAGAAAAGGACACAAGCCCCCCCAAGCCCGACAGAGAGAAGGGGGAAAUAAAAUCAAGCCACAGUUGCACAAGGCUACUACUUCGUAUCCAGCGUCGCACACGGCCGAGAAGAGCGUUCGCUGUACGGCAUAUAUAAUUAAUAAGAUCCAAACCAAAGGCAAACAUACAUCGCAGAGCAGCACAGCAAAUAGUACAAGACUGAGCAUACUACAGCCGAAAAAAGCAGGCGGUAAGGAUAUGCCCUCCUCCUCCGAAGGCGGUGAGAUAUCGAUAAACCGUUUUUCGCUUUUUUCUCCUCAUGAGCAUUAA